GGUAAUUUGCGUAUGCUGUGUUGGUGUCUGGCUUAGUUUUCUUGCCGUGGGAGUUUUAGAACCCGUUGAGGGUGAUUAAUUUGAAUAUAUUUUUUGUUUUAUCGCAUACGGAGAGUGCGUGGACUGGUGUGUGUGGGAGACAACUUGGAGCUGUACAAAGCGGGAGGUUGCAGGGAGCUUGGAAACAAUGGAAGUGAUAAUUACUGAUCGAAUCGAUAGGAGGAGGAGGACAUCACCCUUGGGACCUAGCAAUUAGUGCUGUGGUACAAAGUGUGAAGAGGAUAUCGAUUCCUUUUUGUGUGGCUUAUCAUUCAUGAAGUUUGGUUUCGAGGAAGUGAAUGCCAGGUCGGGAAAAUCUAGGUCUCAUUGCGUGAGAUUGUCCCGGAUUCUGGAGAGAAACAAGGCCCGUGCUUAGUACUAUCGAUCAAACCUCGAAGAGAAAGUUGGAAUGCACUGACUGUCCAAUUAGUAUAGGACGAAAUCCGGUAACACCUACACUAUCUUAAAUGCAUCUAGUGCACGAUCUCCUGGAGUUGCUAGAGAAGGGUUAAAAAUUUUGGAGAAGAAAGGGGGAAUGGAGGAGGAGAAUACUGCUGCAGACGUUCCGACCCGGCAGGGGAAUGGAACAGGUACUCGCCAACGCAACAAAGAGGCAUUACAAAGAUUGAAUUUGGAAAAUGUCACGAGAAAUUUAAUUUUGAGACAGAUCCGGGAAUACACAGUGGACAUCGGUGUACCCUUGAUGACGUUGCUGCAGGGAUGUUUGGAAACAGAACAUGGACGCUCCUCCAUUGUUGCACUCUCGGGGUACGUUGAGCAUUUCGAGAGUAGGCUUGAGGAAGACCUUGGUUGGGGCUGUGGAUGGCGUAACAUUCAGAUGCUGAGCUCUUAUAUGCUUGCUCAGGAUUCAGAGUCUAAAGACGUCUUGUUUGGUGGGGCGGGCUUCAUUCCGGAUAUUCCUGCGAUUCAACAAUGGCUGGAAAUCGCGUGGCUGAAAGGGUUUGAUGUCUUAGGUGCAGAUUAUUUUGAUUGGAAAAUUUCGGGCACUCAAAAAUGGAUUGGAACGACAGAGUGCGCUACAGUGCUGCGUUCGUUCGGCAUGCGAGCACGUAUCAUGGACUUUCGCAUCGCGAGUAGCAAACGAGCGGCGGGUGGUAUGAGAGGCAAGGGCGGCUCGCAUUUAGAUCAACCUGGUGAAUUGGAUGAGGCGGAUGACGUGUCAGGCAAUUUCAGUCUCUUGAAAAUUUCCAGCAGCCAUCCUGAAGAGUGCUCUGAUGACAUCAAUAAUGAGUCUGAUGAUCAGAGUCCUCCCACCUCCGGUGAAGACGUCUCAGCGGAAGAGCGUCGUCUCAUUGUACUUCCUGAUCAGAAGGAAGAGCUGCAUUUUUUACGACAAAGUCCGGACGACCCCAACAUAUGCCUCACAUGUGUGGAAGAGCGCAAGAAUAGUACAUUUGCAAACCACCUGCACAGAGAGGAUGAUGCUGAUUCAACCGCGUCCAACAAGGAAAUGACAGAGCAAAACACAUCUGGUGAUUCUAUCGCCGGCGGAGGGUGUGGAACGUACCUGCCUGAUACAGACUCGAACCACAAGUACAUGACCGACUGGAUUUGGAAUUAUUUCCGCGCUGAAGGUGGCAGUUUCUGCAAGUCCAUUUAUCUCAGCAAUCGUUCUCCGCUGUACUUUCAACAUCGGGGCCAUUCACGCACCAUUGUUGGGAUUGAGCGGUCCAAGAGAGAGGGCUCGUCCAAAGAGGAGGACUAUUUGCUUGUGUUGGAUCCAUCACAGAGAACCCGGGACAUUGUUAGGUCACUAGAAAGGAAACAGGGAUGGGAGGAGCUUGUGAAACGCGGGAUGCACUCGCUGAAUCAAUCUGAGUAUCAGUUGUGCUACGUUGAUCCUGGUAUUGCCAAGGAAGAGGAAUACGAGAGUUUAAAAACGCUCAGCAGUGUGCGGUACUUGUAUUGAUACGAUUCGUUGGGUAGAGAAGUUCACCAAUGCAAGUGCGUUCAUUCCUCAGGUCGUUGCAGUUUCAAGAUUCAGUCUGUUACAGCUGGUCGGAUCACGGAUGGUUGUAAUAUAAUGUCAUUGCAGUAUGGUUUUAAGUGUAGAAUGCGGGAAGUCUUCAAGUCCUUGGUUUCGUUAGCAGUAGCUCCAUUUCACAAGCUUAGCAUUCUUGGCCGCAUGGAGUCUAAUCUCUUCUAGACAUAGAACACGCACUAUUUCUGGUCAGGUCUGGACUUGAAAGUUAAGGUCCAAAGCAACUGCAAUCCGACUUGUAUGGGAAGAACUCUUCAGUCUAUUUUAGACAUCUUUAUUUUGGUAUGUUAUUAAUUCUGAAACCUCUUAUUGGUUCGUCUGGCUCAAUUCCUGUGAUGAUACCAGUGGGGACUUCGAAGGAGGAAUAUACUGAUGCAUUUGGAUUUUAUCAUAGAUGUUCUUGCAGCUAUGAGAAAAGAAAUGGCUGGGCUUGCAUGAUACCGUGAAUAUAUGAAAUAUCAUUCAGCAGCUCUUGCUACGUCUUUCAGGUGCGUGGUGACUUAAUAUCGCAAACAUCUUAAUCUUAGUUACUAACAUGAAAGGUCUACUUGGGCUUUGAAUGUGAUCUGUAAGAUGUUCGCUUUGCAUAAAGACGGAUACUUGGAAAGCAUGUACUUCGACAAAACUGGUUUGAUGAUGGUUCUGCUUUGAAGUGCAUUUCCAUUCGGGGCAAUCUGUAGUCCUGAGCAUUUGCCGAUUGUAACUCUUUUUUGAUUUUUCUGCGAGGUGAAGAAGACGUAUGAUUGAAUAUCAAGCUAAAGACGUGGUGCGUGUAUCUAAGAUAUUUAUUUCAUAUGUUUACAACAUGAGCAUAGUAAAGCGAUAGUCACUUCUUUUUGAAUCAUGAGUUGGUAGUAGGGUCUUGUAUUAAAAGCUUUGCAUGUCUGGUCUAGAAUUUAAAACAAAACCAUUAAAUUAAGUGA